AUGGAUAUUCCAGAGGCUACUAUCUACCCUGUGCUAAAGGGUAAGGUUGCGAUCGUGACUGGCGGCUCACAAGGUAUGGGAAAGGCUACCGCGUCAGUUUUCUUACGAGCUGGUGCUCAGGUGGUUAUUGCCGAUGUAAAGGAAGCCGAGGGUCAAGCCACCGAGAAGGAGCUCUCUCAGUUUGGGGAGAUUGCUUUUGUGCGAUGCGACAUUUCCAAGUCAGCAGAUGUCCAAAACCUCAUCGCAAUAACAGUCGAGAAGUUCGGUAAGCUCGAUGUAGCUGUCAACAACGCCGCCUUCACGCCGGACAGGACACAGCUUAUUGAAUUCGAUGAAGACUACUGGAACAAUCUCGUAGGCAUCAACCUUACUGGUACAGCGUUAUGUUGCAAAUGGGAAAUGCAGCAAAUGCUGAAACAGGGAACGAAAGGCUCCAUUGUCAAUAUCGCAUCCAUCAACGCAUUUAGACCACAAUUGUAUAUGCCUGCAUAUACAGCAACGAAGCAUGCUAUCAUCGGUUUGACUAAGCAUGCCUCUAUGGAGGGAGGACCAAAGGGUAUUCGAGUCAAUUCUGUUGCGCCUGGCGCUAUUUUUAGUGACAUGUCGGCCGCCGCAUUGAAGAUCAUUGGAACGACUAUGGAAGAAUUUGCUCCAAUUGUGAGCAACUUGAAUCGUUUCGGAAUGGCCCAUGAGGUUGCACAAGCCUCGCUGUGGCUCUCGUCAGACAAUGCAUCAUAUGUCACUGGCGUUUGUUUGCCCGUAGAUGGAGGCUAUCUGGCGAAAUAG